AUGGGCUAUCGGCGGGCCAAGCCAGCAGCAGAAGAAGACACAGAAUACGAAACUCGCGCCCCGGCAGCAGCGGGAAACGGCGAAAACUUUUUCGUCACUUCUUCUCUUUUUGGAAAUGAAGAUUCUCAGUACAGCGCAGAAGCUUUCUCAGACGAAGACAGCAGCAGCAGCAGCAGCAGCAGCAGCAGCAGCAGCAGGAACUUCGCAGACUCUUCCUCCAGGGGCUGGGCCGCCCUCAAGAGAAGUGCACUUUCCCGCAGUGCAUGCAGCCACACUGGGUUUGAAGCAGCUUCUCCAGCGCGGGCCAAAGAAGAAAGCAAAAAGCAGCAGCAGCAAAGAGAAGUGGAAAAAAAAGAAGCUCGAAAAUUUGCACUGAGACAAAGAUGGGCGGAUUUGCAAAGACUGGCCAGAAGCACUCAUUUCGGGCCUCGCUUCCACCACCCCAGCAGAGAAGAACAUGCAAAGGCUCACCGCUUCAGCGCGAGGGGUUUUUCUUUCAGCAGAUUUGAUGUGGUGUACGUACGCCCCCCCCAGGAGCUGCAGGGCCGCCACCGCGAAGCUGUCGAAGAAUAUUUAAAACAACUUCCGCGCAUGCACCAGUUGUUGGCGGAGCCCCACAAGUUGGCCCUCGCUGCGAAAUAUGGACUCGUGAAAGUCACCGAAAGCCCCGAUCUGGCGGCCCCCCCCGAGAUCCAGCGGCAGGCAAACCCCUGGCAGCAAGCAGCAGCAGCAGACCACUGGUCCGAGUUGCAUGCAGCCUUUGGCUACUCCCCGUGGGACCUGCUGGCCUCCAAAGAAAGCUGCAACUUCAUUCCCAAGGACUUGGCGGAAAAACUGGAAAAGAAACGAAAAGAAGAAGCUGCCAAAGUUCUCCAAAGUCCACAAACUCCCAAACGCAGAGAUGCAGCAGCAGCAGCAGCAGCAGCAGCAGCAGCAGCGUCCACAGACGCUGCUGCUACCCCCAAGAGGGCCGCAGCGGAGGCGCGAGCCAAGUUCAGCAGCAGCAGCAGCAGCAGCAGCAGCAGCAGCAGCAGCAGCGUAGCUGUGGGAGAAGCAAAGACUCCAGUGAGGACAUUGAACAGAGGCUCGAGUUCUUCUUUUCGGGAAGCAGCCAGCAGCUGCAGCAGCCCCACAAGAACUCCGCUUUCUAGCAGCAGACUGCAGCAGCAAAGUUCGCGAAAGUUUUCGGAAAAUAAUUUAAGUGACGGGAAGCAGCAGCAGCAGCAGCAGCAGCAGCAGCAGCAGCAGCAGCAGCAAGUUGCGGGGGCGCGAGCUGUCGAUACACCCCAAGUGCAGGCGUCUCGCGAGGAAAUCACUUUUUUAAAUUUGCAAAAAAGAAAAGAUGAAACAAAAGACAAUGAGCAGCAGUCUCAGGAGAAAGAACCACCCGCUCCUGCUGCUGCUGCAGCUCCUGCUGCUGCUGCUGCUGCAGCUCCUGCUGCUGCUGCUGCUGCAGCUCCUGCUGCUGAACCACUAGCUGCUGCUGGCCGAGACCCUGCUGCUGCGUCAGCUGCCGCUGCUGCAGCGGCGGCUGCUGCUGCGCCAACCGGUGUGGCUGCUGCUGCUGCUGCUGCUGCUGCUGCUCCGUUAGCUUCUUCUACCCCGCCAGUUGCUGCUGCAGUUGCUGCUGCUCAGCCAAUUGCUGCUCCAGCAGCUCCUGCCUCCUCGUCUGAUGCAGCAGCUUCCGAUUCGGUAUCUGCUUCUGCUGCACCGUCAUCAGCUGCUGCAGCCACGUCCGCUGCUGCUGCAGAUGCUGCAGCAGCAGCUGCUGCUGCUGCUGCAGAUGCUGCUGCAGCAGCAGCAGCUGCUGCAGCAGCUCCAAAACAGUCAAAUGUCUCAGAAAGUGAAGUUGCCACAGCAGCUCAAAGCUCCACAGACACCUCAGCGGUAGCCACCCCUGAGUCGCCAGUGGAUACAAAAUUACAGCAGCAGCAGCAGCAGCAGCAAGAGCAGCAGCAGCAACAACAUGAGCAGCAGCAGCAGCAGGAACAGGAGCAGCAGCAGCAGCAACGGGAGCAGCAGCAGGAGCAGCAGGAGCCGAAGCGCGUUUCGAGCAGCCGCAAUUACAAUGCUGGGGGCCCUCGGCAAAUGAAGCUGACGGAACUUUUUCGAUUUACUUUCAACAAAAUAAAAAACAAGAAGAAUAUUUCAAUGUCUCCUUUGAUUUACAAGUUUGCUGCUGCUGCUGCUGCUGCAGCAGCAGAAGACGAAGAGUCUGAAGAAGAAAUAAAACCGACAAAAAACAGAAAAAGAAAACUCAUUGAUGACGACGCACCACCAGCAGCAGCAGCAGCAGCAGCAGCAGCAGCAGAGCUGCCGGAAGUGCAGCAGCCUCCCGGAGCUGCUGCUGCAGCCAGCGAAGCAGCUGACGCAGCAGCAGCAGCAGCAGCAGCAGCAGCAGAAGCUCCUACUGGGCCCGAAGCCGCUCCGGAAGAAGCCCCAGCUGCUGCUGCUGCUGCUGCUGCUGCUGCUGCUUCUGAAGCAGCUCUGCUGGAGGAGAAAAGGCGGCGGAAGGAACUUCGCAAAAAGCAAAAAGCAGAAGAAUUGAAAAGACAAAAAAGAUUAGAAAGGAAAAACGAGGCGGACUUUCUUGAAGAUCUGAUUGCAGCACCGGAAGAUGUGGACUUCGACGAGAGAAACGAAGACCGGCCGGCGAUGAAGAUGAAGCUGCAAAAAGACUCGGGAGAAAGAGAAGAAGAAGUUUACGAGAGGUUCAUUGGAAGAUACCACCGAGGCGGAGACAAAGAAGGCCAAGAACUGACAGAACAGGAAAUGCUGGAGCUCGAGCUCGAGGAGCGGCGCCGGCAAAUUGCGAAAAGAAGAAAAUUGUUCGGAGAUGGCGAGUUUGCGGGGAUGGACAUAGAUGACUGGCUUUCCGAAAGCGACGAGUCGGACUCGAAUUCCGAAACUGAAAAAGAAGAAGUUUCCGAAACUCCGGCAGAGGAAAUUGUCCGGUGGUCGACAAUAGCACUAACAGAAGAAAGGGCUGAUGUUUCGGGAGGAGGCGCCGCAGCAGCCAGCCGAAACCCCGCAGAUCUUGUUGCAAGAUGCAUGGAGAAUGCAUCUCGCCGCCAAAAGAUACAAGUUUUGCGCCCUUUGCCGGCAAAAGAAUUCAAGAAAAUGGACACAACUUGUGCAAAGAUUAGAAGUGAAGCUCAUGCGAGUGGCGGCAGGCACUUCAAGGAAGUUGUCGAAGUCGAAGGACCGCAGGAGCAUUCGACGGAAGCUCAGAGCGAAAAGGCAGUGGAAAGCUUGGAAAGCGACGAAGACGAAAUGGAAAACUUGUACAAAAAAGCAACUCUAGCCAAAGCCAAGCCCGCGGAGCUUCUCCGCAACAAACACAAUCAGAACUGCCCGCCUGCGCAGUGCAUUCGUUUCUCGCCGAGCUUCCGCCGCGACUUGGAGCUCUCCGGCAGCAGCAGUCGAAAUGUAGUGCCAGUCUUUGAGGGCUUCCGUUCUCGACCUGUUCCCAAGCCGAAGACAAUAAGCCCGCAAGAGUUGCAUGGUGCCGCGGCUUCGCGGAAAGCCAGUUCUGGGUUUUCGGGGCUGCUGACGCGGUCCGUGAACCUCUCUGGCGAAAAGCAGCGGAAACCGAAGUCUAAAUGA